AAGCCGCUCGCCCUUGCAUUAACGGACAUGGAGAGAGUGCAAGUAAUGGGCAGAGAAGCCUUUUUGGUCUAUCGACACAUUGAGGACGCAAUUCUUGACAAGCGACGUCGAAUCUGGGCGACGCGCUUUGCUGGUGAAGCAAACGAAGAGAGUACACUUGACUAUCUUUUGGAAAACUUUGGUCGUCGUACGGAGCAGACGCGUAAUGUCGGCACUACUGGCGUAGAGUUUGACCGAGAACAGGAACCGAUUGGCCGACAGGUGCAGAGACGUGUUCUUGAUUCAGACAAAGCCAACAAAUUGGCCGAGGCCCGCCAAAAACGGGGUAAAAUGUGGUCGCAGAAGAAGAGCGUCUUUGACUCUCUUCAUCAGAAACAAUUGCAAAAUGUGACGUACGGUGUACGUUAA